UUAUAUUUCCCAAAAAAUUGUAGAAUUGAAUUCAGAAAUCCAUGCCUCAGCUCAGUGAAAAGCUUAUUCAACAGUUUUCAAGCAAAAGCUGCAUCUGUUGAACACCUUGGGGAGGAACUGAUUUUAUCUUUUAGUGAGAGCGUGGAAGGAUGUUGAAUGUGGCCUGGCAAGAGGCGCCGAAAAGCAGGCCAGCAUGCCUCGUCCUGCUCUUUGCAAUUUGCUUGCAAAGAGCGAAUGCGGGUAACACGACGGACACAACGACACAAUCGUCAAGUUCGACUGCGACAACCUGGAUCCCGACGAGCGAACAAACCUCCUCUAAUUAUUCCACGGCUUCAAUAAUGCGAUCAACAUCAUCGACAGAAAAGGCGGAGAAGUGGGAAGAGAUUUCCGAGGGAUUUAUCAAGAAUGAGGAAAAAACGAACAAUGAAAAUUCCACGUUGAGGAUUUCCAUGGUUCCGAAUGAGCUCACAACAGGCAAGCACAAUCUUACUACAGGUUCUGUCACGACUGCAGGUCCUGUUUCAUCGACUUCAGAUUCAACUUCCACGAGCACCAGGAAAUCGAAAACGGUAACGAAAAACCGAACCCAGGUAUUUUCUACGGAAACGACCGAAAUCGCCUCAACCACGACUCGUCGCGGAACCACGGAUGCUGUCGCAUCUUAUUCGACUGAAGACGAUGAAAUUUCCACCAAGAAAUCAAGAUUUGAAAACAAUUUCACCCCAGCAGAAAUCUUCACUGAUGAAACAACAGCAGCAGUGACGAGAGGUAAUCCGACGACCGACGAGCAAACUGAGUCAACGGACACUUCCACGAACUCAUUCGUCACAUCAGGAAAAACCACACCCUCGAAAGCUUCUUCUUCUUCCUCGUUUGAUGACUCCUUCAUCAAAUUGAAACGUGAUUUUUUCAAGAAACCCACGAUGAGGAUGAAGACGACGAACACGACAACAACACUAACCAAAAUGAGGAAAACGACUUAUUUCACCAGGACAAGCCGUUACAAUACAGAACCCAGCACAGAUGUCUAUAACACCAAGAGAACCACAGGGAAUACAAGCAAGAGCUUUCGCACACCCACGAGUUCCACAAGGACUACGACCUCGCGGAAACGAACAACGACAUCUACGGCCCGGAUACGGAAAUACAGCACAUCGACUAGAAGAGCCACUUCUGCAUCCAGAGCAAGGAGCUUUUCAACACCGAAAGCGACCACGCGGUCAAGGAAACCAUCAAGCAUCAGAAUUUACACUUCCACCAGCACGACUGCGGCAAAAACGACGACGACAGAACCCUCCGUGUCUUCGGAUGCAGAGCUCCAGGAGUUGCGGGCAGUUCCAAUAACAACAUGGCGAAGCCUGGGCUCCAACGAAGAACUCACCGAAGAAGUAAACAACACUCAAGAAAUGCAGCACAUCAACGACGAUUUCGACGCGUCAAGCGAAGACGAAACUGCUGACGGAGACGACGAAGACGUCAUCAUCAAGUCGAAAAAAGACGAAACGGGCUCAAACUCGGACUUCUUGAACGACAAGGAGCUAGAGGCAGUCGUGGUGGAAGACAUUAACCGACUCGACAACACCCAGCCACCCAAGUCCGGGGAGUUCAAGAUCCUGGAAGUCGGAAGCGACGAAACCAGCGUCUCAUACGACCCAAUUAUCGUACCAUUUCCGGAGGUAACGUCCAUGACACCGGCGGAAUCAGUGGUGCGACUCAUUCGCGGGAUAUCCGCGCAAGAGCUCGCGCAGAAAGUCAACGAGCUCAAGAAGCAAGCCAAAAAUGCCGAAAUGCAAGAGAAGGCGGCUCAGCAAAAGUUCAAGGAUGCUGAGCGCGAGCGGCGGAAGAAGAUCAAGAAGCGGAUCCAAGAGGAGAAGCAACGUGCAAUGGAAGAGCGGCGUUUAGAGAAAAUGUCCAUCAAAGAGCAGCAGAGACGCAUCAAGAAGAUCAGACUUCUCAAGAAACAAGAGCAGAAGGAGCGAGAACACCGUGAAAGGAUGGUUCGCGUGGAGAUGGAGAAACAGCAAAGGCUUCGUACUCAGGCUCGCCGUCUUGAGCUGAAGCUGGAGCGUCAGAAGCAGAUCCAAGAGGAGCGGGCUUUGGCAUUGGAGGAGAAGCGAAAGAAGAAUAUUUUAAUGGAGAAGGAGCGCGAGCGGAAGAAGGCCGAAUUGGAAGCCGAUAAAAUCGCGCAAAAAGCGGCCAUGGUGCGAGAAAUGGGUGAAAAGACCAAGGAAAAGUGGAGAGAGAUAAACGACGAGUUGCAGGCUGCGCAAGCUCAGCGGAAAUCCGAGGACAUGAGGAAGAUACUAUCCGAUAAAAAAUCUGACGAAGAAGAAGAUUGAAUUAGUGAUUCCUUCUUCGUGCAACGUACAAUUUCAGACAAUGCCAUUUUUUAAAGGCACGAUAUGUAUGCCAAGAUGAAACGUUAACAUUCGAAUCUCACGAAAUCAACAGUAAAAAGCUGCACGCAUCCUGAAGAAGAAUUUUUCCAUUCAAUGAACAUCGCGCGGAAUUCAGAGACUCACCAAAAGCUACCCAUCGCAUCAUGGCUCCUGAGAUUUCAAAAUUCGAAAAUCUUUUGCACGCUUCAUCACUCAUAGGAUUGAAAGGUUUUGCAUCUUAUCUUCAUAAAAAAGAAAGCAUAUGAACGCCUCCUUCACAGCAAGAUUCUAUUUACCGUGAAUAUAUUUUCCUGGUCCUCGGCAUACCUUCAUCAAAUGAGUAUUAAACUCUUCAUCGGAAUUCUCUCUUCAACUACUCCGCUGAUGUUGGUGGUCUCGUUGCGCAUCGAUGCACAUAAAAUCCAUCACAAGUGCGCAACAGACAGCAAAAACUUCGCCGCAGAUCCCACCCAGAUUGUUCCGUAAAUCGAAGUGGCCAUCGUCCCAACGCAGAAUUACACGGUACAAUUGAGAUACACUAAAUCUUAAUUUUUGCUCGAUUUCACACAGAAAGAAGAAAUAUCUUCACUCAACAGCACGCAACCAGGCAAACCAAAAUUUGUUCUCGAAUGAACGAACAAAUAAAGGAGGAUUUUUAGAAAUAGUUUCAUUCACUCUUGAUCAAGAUUCAAUUUCCACAACGUGUCAACACGCGACCAGAGCCCUCCGACUAAACCGAGAAUUUUUAAGAAUCGCCGCUGGAAGUAACGCAUGGAAAAAAAUUUACGUACGUCUCGGGAAGGGAACGCCCAGAGCCUCAACUAGAUUUCAUAACUGAAAAGCUGGGGGCGACACUGAACAAAAGAAAAACAAAUUAAAAUACGAACGUUACGACUCGAGCAAUUUGGCUCCGUCGCACUGCAACGAGGCAAUAAAAAAAAAACAGCGCAGUAAUAAAAAUCUCAUUUGCAACACGCGCGCAGAAAAAAAGGAAGAAAAUCCCCAACAGAACAUCCACAUCAACUGACCCCCGAGUUGGAAUCAACAAGCCCAAGCUCACGAACAUUCAAUUUUACGACGCUUCGGAGGCAACACAAUUGUCACACCGUUCCGCUUUUUCGCAACGCAGCUCUUGAAUUUCAACGCGAUUUCCGCCACUGCUUUCGCUCCGUUCAACGAAAGGAUCCGACAACUUUCUCUCCCUGCAAAGCGGCUUCCUCGAGUUCUUUGACAAGGUCUUCGUCAUCACUGACCGGAGAGUCGCUUUCGGAUCCGUCAGCUCCAGUCGUCUCCAGGAAACACCGGAGCUAUGUAUGGUUGUUGCAGAGUUGCCCCUUCCGUCGCAAUUUUGUCGGAGAUGAAAUUCCUGUUCAACUGGUUGAGGCGAUUGUUUUCCUCGUCCACGCUCGGUGAAGUUGGCGACUCAACAGAUAAGGAAUCAACUAGAUGCGCCUGUUUCUCCGGAGUCUCGACCGCGGGUUCAACAACGAUGCCUUCAUCGGCGCUGAUUUCCGAUUCAGGGGACAAUUUUUCCGUCCGUUUAUUCUUGAGUCGCGAGAGACGUUUGCUCAUGCGUUCCACGUUGCUCACUGUGAGGACUGAUACCGAUUUCGGCUCCGGAAGCGAAGGUUCCACUACUGGAGACUUCUCCGGAAUGGCGAGAACUUUGUCUGAUGGCACAAAGCCGGGUUCAUCCAUAGACUCAAUCCCGUUAGAGUCAAAGAUUUCUUCCGAAGAGUUGCCUUCUUUGUUGGAAAUGGGAACGAAGCUGUUUCCACAUUUCUCGACAAUCUGGAGAUCCUCCUGCAACGCAUCAAGAUUUUCUAAAAUCAUCUUUUUCUUGAUUCAACUCGUUCUUGGGGGGGAUUUUUGAUGCAUUGGGAAUUGCGCAUAAGGGGGUUAAAGAAAAAAAAAACUGUCGGAUCGUCUUUAACGACUAUGCUGUAACUAAAAUUGUCCUAAAGCCAUGACCGAUGAAUGAAGAUGAAACAGAUAUUUCUGACACAAA